UGUAGUUAAAGAAACUGUCAUGGUUGCCCCCAUGACCAACGACCAGAGUUGGUUUUUUGCUCUGGCUCUCGGAGUUUCCUUUCUCAAAUGCCUCUUGAUAAAUGCCUACCACUCUACGGAUUUUGAAGUUCAUAGGAACUGGCUUGCCCUCACCCACAGUUUGCCAGUAUCACAGUGGUAUUAUGAGGCUACGUCUGAGUGGACAUUGGAUUAUCCUCCCCUGUUUGCCUGGUUUGAAUAUGGACUAUCACAUAUUGCCAGAUUUUUUGAUAAAGAGAUGCUGGUUGUUCAAAAUCUGAAUUAUGCAAGCGCAGCCACAGUACUUUUCCAAAGGCUGUCAGUUAUUGUGGCUGAUGUGGUCUUUUUUUAUGCAGUCAAAGAGUGCUGCAAAUGUUUGCGAGAAGACAAGGGAAAAGACCUACAUGCGAAACCCUCUUUCAUCCUGGCAGCAUUGUUGCUGUGGAACUUUGGGCUUUUAAUUGUUGAUCAUAUUCAUUUCCAAUAUAAUGGCUUCCUGUUUGGUGUUCUUCUUCUUUCAAUAACAAGACAUUUUCAGAAAAGACACUUGGAGGGGGCCUUGCUGUUUUCAAUACUUUUAAACUUGAAGCAUAUAUAUCUGUAUGUUGCACCUGCCUAUGGAAUCUACCUGUUGAGAUGCUUUUGCUUUACCCAGAACAAUGCAGAUGGGUCUUUGCAGUGGAGAAGUUUAAGUCUUUUACGACUGACAGCACUUGGAGCAAUUGUCUUGUCUACUUUUGCAGUGUCAUUUGGACCGUUUAUAGCUCUGGGCCAGCUUCCACAAGUCUUGUCUCGGCUCUUUCCUUUCAAGCGUGGACUUUGCCAUGCAUACUGGGCACCAAACAUCUGGGCACUUUAUAAUAUAGCAGAUAAAGCAAUUUCGUUCCUGGGUGUGAAAUUCAGACUGCUCGACAUAAACAAACUUCCCAAGGCCUCAAUGACUGGUGGUCUCGUUCAGGAAUUUCAGCAUUCUGUGCUCCCCUCAGUCCCUCCUUUUGCAACCCUUAUAUGUACGUUAGUGUCAAUAUUGCCUGCUCUUUUCAGGAUCUGGCAUAGACCAGAUGGCGCAAGAGGAUUCUUGCGCUGCCUCGUUGUUUGUGCCCUUGGUUCUUUCAUGUUUGGCUGGCAUGUGCAUGAAAAGGCCAUUCUGGUGGCUAUACUUCCUUUGAGUUUGCUUGCAGUGGAGAGCAGAGAGGAUGCCAGGAUUUUUCUCAUCCUCAGUACAACAGGUCAUUAUUCACUAUUUCCACUUCUCUUCACAACACAAGAGUUGCCCAUCAAAAUUUUUCUCAUGUUGCUGUUUACAAUCUUCAGUUUUACUUCGUUGAAAAAGCUAUUCAGGAAGGGUGGAGCUCUGGUGAGCACACUGGAAGCAGUGUAUCUGUUGGGUCUGAUUCCUCUGGAGCUCAUCUGUGAAUUUGUUUAUCCGCUGACUGUCUGGCAGAAGAGUUUCCCUUUUCUCCCUCUCAUGCUGACAUCAGUUUACUGCGCUCUGGGAGUGACAUAUGCCUUCAUUAGACUGUACAUAUCACUUCUGACAUGUUCAAACAAAGCCAAAACACAGUAAACCAGCUGCAAGAUACUGAAAGGCAAUGAAGUUUAAGAGUUAAGAGGAACUGUUUAUUAAGUUUGACAUUCUUAGUGAUUUUUCAUUUGACCAAAGUUAUUGAUGAAUUGUUUGGAUCAGGUUGUGGGAUAUGUAUGUAGUUUUGUACGGCUGUGGUAUGUAGUAAUGUAGGCUAUGGAAAAAAAUCUAUAUUUUUGUAA